GAAACGUCAUCAUUGUGAGACUGAGCAUCUUAUGUCGUCAGUUCAAGCUGUUCUUUUCUUGUUAUUAAUUUGACGAUUAUCUAACUUUUUGUCGGCUAAUUCGCUACAACAGUAACACAAAAGUACAUCAAACAUUAGAGGAAACGUCUCCGUAAGUUAGUGGUCCUUUGUUUAGUUGUGUUCAGCUGUGUUCCACGUUGCCAUGGCGUCUCCAGGGGGACAGGGAAGUGGGGCAUUGUCUACGAGAGGAGGAGUGGCAAGGAGGAUGAAGUGGGCUCUGGAACUGAGCUUGGGUAAUACCAGGGGUCGUGGGGACCGACAGAGUAACCAGGGAGAUGUCAUGUACCCUAUUGGAUACUCGGACAAACCCGUCCCGGACACCAGCAUCCAGGAAACGGACAAAAACCUGGUGGAAAAGCGUUGCUGGGACGUAGCCCUGGGCCCUCUGAAGCAGAUCCCCAUGAACCUGUUCAUAAUGUACAUGUCUGGGAACACCAUCUCCAUCUUCCCCAUAAUGAUGGUGUGUAUGAUGGCCUGGAGGCCCAUACAGGCUCUCAUGUCAAUGUCUGCUACGUUCAAGCUUUUGGAGAACUCUAACCAGCAGUGGCUACAAGGCCUGGUCUAUUCUGUAGGGAACCUCCUCGGCUCUGCAUUGGCUAUCUACAAGUGUCAAUCAAUGGGGCUUCUCCCAACGCACUCUUCCGAUUGGCUUGCUUUCAUAGAACCGCCUCAGCGAGUGGAGAUCAUGGGUGGAGGAAUGGUAUUGUAAACAAGAAGACACGCAUACUGAAAAUUGCUGAAGUGUUUCAUUAAUUAUGAAUAUAUUAAAUCUGUCUUUUCAAUUA